AGACCCCGUCGCGCCAUAGUGACUGUAGCCGUGGAGACAGUUACUUACCAACGGGCGCAACACUCAGCAACAGCAGCAGCAGCAACUGGAAGUCAACGAGCGAGUGAGAGAGGGGAAAGAGAGCACAGCCAGGGCAGAACUUUUCUCAAGGCAAAGUCCCAGCAUGCAGAGCUCUGAGGGAGGGUCAGACUCCACGUCCAGUGUGGCAGCAUUGCGUACCUCGACAUCCGCCCAGGCCCCUGUGGUACAGCCCGUCCCAGCCUCCCAGCAGAGGGUGCUGGUUCAAGCCACAGGCUCUGCUCAGAAGGCAGCUCAAGUACAGCAACUAUCAGUACCCAGGGUUCAACAGGUUCCUCAGCAGGUUCAGCAGGUGCAACAUAUCUACCCAUCCCAGGUCCAAUACAUAGGAGAAAGUGGAGAAGCUAUUUACACUAAUGGAACUAUUCGAGCAGCUUACUCCUACAACCCCGAGGCUCAGUUGUACGGGCAGGGCAGUGGGGGAGCCUACUUUGACUCACAGGCUGGAGGAACUCAUGUCACAACGGUGGUGUCCUCUGCCAGUGGUGGAGUUCCCCCUCACGGCAUGGUGGGCAUCACCAUGGAUGUGGGCAGCAGCCACAUCAUCUCCAGUGGGAGUACUUACCUGAUCCAUGGAGGAAGCAUGGAGGGAAGCCGCAACCACAUAUCACACUCCUCACGCUCCUCCUCAGCUAUGCUUGAAAUGGCGAUUGAAAACCUCCAAAAGUCUGAAGGAAUUGCAACUCACAAAAGCAGCCUGCUCAACAGCCAUCUGCAGUGGCUGCUGGAUAACUAUGAGACUGCAGAAGGAGUGAGCCUGCCCAGGUGCUCCCUGUACAACCACUACUUGCGCCACUGUCAGGAACAGAAACUGGAUCCGGUCAACGCUGCCUCCUUCGGCAAGCUCAUCCGCUCAGUCUUCAUGGGCCUCAAGACCCGCCGCCUCGGCACCAGAGGCAACUCAAAGUAUCAUUACUAUGGUAUCCGGGUAAAGCCAGACUCUCCACUCAACCGGCUGCAGGAGGACACCCAGUAUAUGGCCAUGAGGCAGCAGCCUGUGCACCAGAAGCAGAGGUUCAAGCCUCUGCAGAAGAUGGAUGGUAUGUCAGACAGCCUGUGUGGGAGCUCUCAGCACUGUGCCAGCACGCCAGAGCAGUCGGUGGCAGCUCAGAGCCAGCACCACCAGCAGUACAUAGAUGUGGCCCACGCACUGCCUCCAUUCCCCUCCCCUGACCUUGGCACCCAGCCUCUGCCUGAGCGCAUCAACAUGAACGACAUCAAGAAGCUGCAGACACUCUACAGAGACCACUGCGAGGCCACUCUGGAUGUGGUGAUGAACCUCCAGUUUCACUACAUUGAGAAGCUCUGGCAGACCUUUUGGUAUUCAACACCGCCACCUAGUGACGGAACGACCGCCAUCCCCAACAGUGAUGAUGACCCAGAAGGUGUGAUCCCCAGAGAGAAGCUGGUGGCUCUGUGUAAAUAUGAACCUGUCAGACUGUGGAUGAGGAGCUGUGACCACAUCCUCUACCAGGCUCUGGUAGAGAUCCUCAUCCCUGAUGUGCUGCGCCCCGUCCCCAGCACUCUCACUCAGGCCAUCCGAAACUUUGCCAAGAGUCUGGAGGGCUGGCUGACUACUGCCAUGAGCGACUUUCCUCAAGAGAUUGUCCGCACCAAGGCGGCAGUGGUCAGUGCGUUUGCCCAGACGCUGCGUCGUUACACCAGUCUGAACCACUUGGCCCAGGCAGCCCGCGCCGUUCUCCAGAACACCUCCCAGAUCAACCAGAUGCUCUCUGACCUCAACAGGGUCGACUUCGCUAACGUUCAGGAGCAGGCAUCCUGGGUGUGUCAGUGUGAUGAGAGUGUGGUUCAGCGUUUGGAGCAGGACUUUAAGGUGACCCUGCAGCAGCAGAGCUCCCUGGACCAGUGGGCUGCCUGGCUGGACAACGUGGUCUCCCAGGUCCUAAAGCCCCACCAGGGCAGCCCCAGCUUCCCCAAGGCUGCACGGCAGUUCCUCCUCAAAUGGUCCUUCUACAGUUCUAUGGUGAUUAGAGACCUGACCCUGCGCAGUGCGGCCAGUUUUGGCUCCUUCCACCUGAUCCGACUGCUCUAUGAUGAGUACAUGUUCUACCUGGUGGAGCACCGUGUGGCCCAGGCCACGGGAGAAACUCCCAUCGCUGUCAUGGGAGAGUUCAGUGACCUAAGCUCUAUGAUGCCAUCACUCAUAGACAAAGACCCAUCCUUCUCAGAUGAAAUGAGUGACUUGGGCAGCGACGCCGACGUGUCCAGAGGGUCUAUUGAGCCGGCCGUGAAGAGAGAGAGGAUUGAGAUAAGCCACUCGCUGCAGGAGAUCUGAGUCCAGCCUUAGACGACCAAAUGGGGCCAGACUGAAAGCGACCCGGACCGGCGUCUCUCCCGUUGCCUGGCAGCUUUUGGGCCGAGCACACUCAGUCCUUCCACAGCCAGAGUGCGCACUGUACAUAGACAGCAGAGUAGCAAAGUCCGUAGUCCCCUCGCUAGUGUAUAUAAAGACAGUGAUCUCUCUCCCAGGGACAAAUGUAAAUCUCACCCGGGAUGGGGGGGGGGGGGGGGGGGGGGGGGGGGGGGUCACGUGUCUGGUUUUAACUUAACAGGGGUGUAAUACAGUUCUGAUUUCUUUCUGUUCUUGUUGCAACUGUGAAUAAGAAUGACUUUGUGCAGUAUGUUUUUGUUGGAUGUGCAACUUUGAGUGGUGGUGUGUGGUGUUUCUUAUUCUUCUUUUUUUUUUUUUUUUUUAAACUAGCUGUGCCAUAGUGUCAUUUGAGUGCCUUAGAAUGCUAACUCUUAAACCACCACUACAGAUGUCUAUCUCUCCCUCAGCUGUGCCUCUACCGCAGUAUGAAUGUAUCGUCUCCGAACCUCAGACAUUCAAAGCACCUUUAAAAUUGAUUAGGUGUAGGCGUGUACUCCUUGUUGCCUCUGCUGCAGCUAGCAGCAAAAGAUUAAAAAAAAAAAACAAACAAAAAACAAACAAAAAAAAAAACAACAACCAACGCACAUCCAUGCAACCUACUGACCCAAAGGACUUGUCCCUCAAUAUUUCCCACCAGCUCAGCCAUAGUCCUGGCUCUGUCAGGCAGGCAGUAGGGCCUCAAACUGAAAACCCUCAUCGUCUCGCAGUAGUCAGGAAGACAGGGAACUCAGUGUGUCACCUUGGCCGUAUAAGAUGUUGAUUUGUUUACCUCAAGAGAUUUCUAUGCUGUGCUCAGUUCAGCUCGGAUGACAUGAGGCGAGUAUAAAAGUGUGUAGCCACCAUUACUGUUUGUGUCUACCGAUCCUGUUCCCUUUCAUGUAAAUAUUUCUCCACAUUGUUUAUCCAAAUAUUAACAAUCCUGUGAUAGCUUCUCCAUGUGUUUUUUAGGGAUCCGUUCAACAACUCCUAACUUAGUGACCUCCACGGUGAAGACACAGUAUGGUAGUACGUUUAGCUGCCACAGCGUCUGGAGCAAAGCCAGAGUUGCUCAGAAUAAUUGACAUAAUGGAGAUUAUCGAGAUAGGAAGUACAGGUUAAAGCCUUCUCGCCUAACUGGAAGUCUAUCUAUCUCAUGGAGCCUCAUUUCUUGCCCGAACUGAGUGUACCUUUUGUUUAUUUAAGGAAUAGAUAAAUCAAUACAGUUUAGAGCUUUGGACCUGUAAAACCAAAACCCUUAAAAAAAAAAGAAGAAGAGGAUACUGUUGGCAUCUGAGCUGGCACAUGCUCCCCUGAGUUCAGAUGUUAUAACCUCAUGCCGUUACUCAGAUGAAGUCUUACAAUCCAUUUGAAUUAGAUAGAUAGGAAAAUGCAGUAUGUUCUUUGGAAUCUCUCUCUCAAUGUUUACUACUUCUUUCCAUGUCUACUAGUCCUAAAUACAUGAUGAUCAGUGGAAGAGCAAACAGCUCCCAUAGCUUAUGCCCAUAGAUGAACUUGCUUUAUAUAGCCAUACAGUUGGACUAUAGGCCUACAUGUGUGACACCAAGAUACUGUUAAACUAUAUGAAUAUAUACAUAUAUAUAUAUAUACAUAUAUAUUUCUUUAUAUGAUGUAGAAAGCGUGUGUUCUGUGGCCUUUGGAAUUACUCGGUCUUUGCCUAAUCAUUUCUCUCCUUACACUGUACUGGUCACAUUGUAUUGGAAGAAAAUGCUUUGAUGUUUAAUUGAUUAGACUGGUGUCUGUGAUAAAUUUGUUUAAAAUCUCAAUUGUUUAACAUAGGAAUUCUGUUAUUAGCUGGCAGUGCUGCGGCACCUGAGCACGCUAUGAAAACAGUCACGAGAGAAAUUUCUAUUUAUAUGAAUUAUUAUAACUGAUUUGAUUGACAUGAUCUUUGUGUUGAAAUUGGUUUGGCUGAUUUUCCGUCCCUUGUCCCCUAAUUGCCCCAGAUGAUUUUGCUGUAGCUAUGAGAAUCCUAAGCUUAAGUUAUUUAAGGCUUUUUGUAACUUGUGCCUGUCACAGUAAUUUGCCUUUAAGUGCUUUGGGAAAGUAAUUUCUAUGUGUACUUUGUAAUGUUUUGUAAUGCUGUUUAGACUUUUGGCUAAGGAUUAUUUUUUAUUGAACUAGAUUUGGUUCUUCUUACAAGUAUACUGAACCCUUAUUUUUGUGUAUUUUUAAACCUGUUCUUGACUACACUUCACCUAGCCUAAGGGCAGACAAUGGUUGGU